GACGUCGAGAGACUUAUCAAUGAAACCAUCAAAACGUUUGGACAGUUGGAUGUGUUGGUCAACAACGCCGGGAUAUACCCCACAUCUGACAUUCACGACAAGAAUAUCACCGAUGAGUUUGAUUUGGUGUUUAACAUCGACUUAAGGGCUGUCGUGCAGACCAUACAUACGGCUGUCCCAUAUCUGGAGAAAACUAACGGCACUAUCAUUGAUAUCUCCAGUAUUUUAGCAUUUUUACCGGGCAAAUCCCAACUGACAUACUGUUCAGCAAAAGCGGCGCUAAAUAUGUUGACAGAAGUAUUGGCCCUCGAGUUGGGACCCAAAGGGGUUCGCGUUAAUGCCGUCAGUCCGGGCGGAACCGAAGUGGAGGGUUCACCAAAGACAUGGAUAGAGUUAAUGAAACAGUUGGCACCCCUGCGCAGAAUUGGCGAACCCCUGGAUAUCGCCAAAGCCGUGGUAUUCCUGGCCUCGACUGACGCCCAAUACAUAACCGGCGAAGAUCUGGUGGUCGACGGCGGACAACACUUUUUGGGAAACCCUUUAUAA